AUGAGCCGCUUGACACGGCUCCUUCAGCGACCGCGGCCGCUUCGCGCCGCCUUCUCCACGUCGGCUGCCGAUGCUGCGCGCUUCGCUUUCGAUGCGCCGCCCAUGUCGCUGCACCCGUCGCAGAAGCCCCGCGUGAUCUUUGGGCGCAAGGCCGCCGAACAGCUCACCGUGCUCGCACCCAAGGUCAUGUCCAAGGUUCUCCUCGUGCGCGACCGCGACGCUGGCUCGGAGAAGCGCGCCCAGUACGCCCAGUUUCUUCUCCAGAAGGCCAACAUCCCCGUCUUCAUGUUCACCUUGCAGCGCGACUGCGCCACGAUCGACUCGAUCAACCAAGGACGCGACCACGCCCGCCGCGUCGGCGCCAACGGCGUCGUGGCCUUUGGUGGCGGCAACGUCAUGGACACAUCGCGUGCGAUUGCUGCGCUCAUGGCGAACGAGGGCAACGCCGAGGACCUGGCGCAAGGCCCUCUGCCCCUGCCCCACCGCGCAGCGCCGCUCAUCAUCAUGCCGACGGUCGCAGGCUGUGGCAGCGAAGUCUCCAACGAAGCGCUGGUGCUGGACGAAGGCGCGGAAGCCAAGCUCACGUUCACGAAGUCGCCCAUCGUUGCCGAGGCCGUGAUCAUUGACCCGAUUCUGACGGUGUCGGUGCCCAUGGGGUUGACAGCACAGGGCGCGCUCACAGCGCUCGGGCAGUGCAUCGAGUCGUUCUUGAUGAACGUUGACGACGCCAAGGUCGACGAGAUCUGCUUGAAUGGCAUCCGGACGGCCGCGGAGGCGCUUGCCCCGCCGCUGAAAGAUGGGAAGCUGCAUCUGAACGACUUGGCGUUCCGCGAGCGCCUGAGCUUGGCGAGCUUUUACAGCAGUCUCGCCAGCAGCGCGACGGGCUUUGGCGCCGCGCACUCGGUCGGCAUUGGCGUCGGCGGUCUCUCGGACACGCCGCACCUCCAGGUCUGCGCUGCGUUCCUUCCCCUCGUCUUCCAGCGCUACGAGUCGAUUCUCGACGAGAACGCUGGCGACCACCACUUUGAUGCUCUGGCCGUCCACAACGUGCUCAGCAUCGUCACAGGCUACAAGACGGAGACGCUCUCGCUCUGGUUUGCGCAAGUGGGCUUGCUCUUCAACAUCCCGGACGCCCACCAGCUCGGCUUUGACGACACGCUCCUGACGAGCAUCGUGGACCGCGCGACGGACCGCCUUGAAGACUGUGCGCUGCGGUCGUCGAGCCUCUUUGAGAAGGAAGACAUUGACAGCAUCCUCCAAGGCGCGCUGGCGUUGCCGACCAACGCCAAGGAAAUCUAA